AUGGGUGCUUGUCAAAGCCGGGAUGAACAGGAAGUUGCUGUUACUACGCCUAAACGUGGCGGUGCUACGAAUGUCUGCGACGAGAGGCUAGAAGACCGAUUGCUGACCAUUCCUGAGAUCAGUUAUGGCCCGUUUAAUCGUGUAGCGCUGGAAUGGGAUACCCUUGGUCAACUGAUUCCCUACAAUCCGGAGAGCAUUCGCUCCGCAACUAGCGCACAAUCUGGAGAUGCAGUAUCAGAGGCCCAUCAAGUUAGGAAGCAGCUGACUAGCAUUAAGCAGCCUGCUAAUUUGGCGAAAGGUGACGAUAAUGCUGCUUCCACCAACAUGCAGAGGUUCAAUUCCAGAGGUGUAACAGAUGACAAACAAUCGCUUGACCAGUUUAGGCGUGCUAUAGUGAUGUGGACGAAUUUCAAAACCAGCACCAAUGCUGUGAAAAAGUUGCACGGGGUAACUGAUGCGUGGAGUUACCUCGAUGCAGAAAACGUGCCACUACCUCAAGAAAUGUUCGGAAGCGAUGGAUCGGAAUCGAUAAAUGAGCUGCAGGGAAGCGAGGUGUCCGUUGGCAGUGCACUCACUCAGGAAGAUGGCCCAGAUGGUGCCAUGCCCGAUUUGUGUGAAAGUGGCGAUGGUCACGUACCUAUUGUAACGACGGAGGAGAACGUGCAUCUCCCAUUUCAGGAUUUGCGUCAAUCAUUGAAUGAUUUAACACAGCAGCCAUCGUCUUUUGUAACGCAUCCCGCCUCACCGAUGGAAUCAGACGCGCCGAUGGAGAAUAUAGACGAUGCUAUAGACUGGUUAAAUUACGAGCUGGUUCUGCGCCCUUAUUCAAGCAAAGAUACAGCACGGCAUUCGUACAAAUGCAUCUAUAGGCCGAGGCGUGAAUUUUCGCCUCGUGACAGGGUUUACCGUCUAGAUUCUAACUUGUUGCAAUUAUUGGGUGACAUUUUGGACCCAUUUCAGUCGCACAACGAAGAUCAAGACCGUUUAUCAGUGGGACCAAAAGUUAAACUUUUGCUCAAUCAACUCGUUUCUGUUAAAGAAUGGGGAUCAUCGACAAUUCAGGAUAAUGCUAAUUCUGUUCAGGGCGUUGUAACGCGCAAGACGAAACGUGUAAUGAGGAGACCAUUCGACUUGCGCGCCCUGUCUACAAUAAGUGAUUCCGGUGAUGUUCAAAGCCCCUGUGCACAUCCCUUCUACUGUCUGGAAGACUCGGGCUGCGAUGCGGGAAGCGGUGCCUAUCGCGAUAUACAUGGCACAAAAGAAAACAAGCACUCGAUCAAUUCCACAGGCAAUUAUAGACCACAUGGCCGCUAUGGAGACAUGUCAGAUAUACCACUGCUAUUUUGA